UUGUGGGCUGGGAUCUGUUACCCUCUCCUGCUGCAGUGGCAGACUGCCUCCGUGUCUCCUGAGGCCCCACCGUGGGUCCAGCUCCAAAUUACUGCACCAGAAAAGGCCCCCUUUUGCCGCCCCCGUCCGCCUUUGCCCAGGCAAGGUGAGGUUCUUGCCCAGUUUUCCGGCCUCACCUUUCCCACUCUCCCACUCGUCCCUUGGGGUCUUCCAUCGCCCUGAUCAUGGCCCAGAAGCCGAAAGUAGACCCCCACGUCGGACGGCUGGGAUACCUGCAGGCACUGGUCACAGAAUUUCAAGAGUCAGAGAGCCAAGACGCCAAGGAGCAAGUCCUUGCCAACCUCGCCAACUUCGCCUAUGACCCCAGCAAUUAUCAGUAUCUGCGGCAGCUGCAGGUUCUGGAUUUAUUUCUUGAUUCGCUGUCUGAGGAGAAUGAGACCCUGGUGGAAUUUGCUAUUGGAGGCCUCUGCAACCUGUGCCCAGACAGAGCCAACCAGGAGCACAUCCUGCAGGCCGGAGGCAUCCCGCUGAUCACCAACUGCCUGUCGAGUCUCAACGAGGAAACGGUAUUAUCCGCUGUCACCACUCUCAUAUACCUGAGCUCACCAGGCCCAGGCUCCCACCCCGAGCUGACCACCUUGCCUGUGAUCCAGUGCAUGCUGCGCUUCUCUCUCUCAGCCAACAUGAGGCUCCGGAACCUGGCUCAGAUCUUCCUGGAGGACCUCUGUUCCCCAAGCCAGGUGGCCGAAGCCCGCAGCAGGCAGGCAGACUCUGCCCUGGGUAUCCCUCUGCCCAGAACUGCAGCCCCAGAGCAGUCCUGACCCAAUAUGACCCCAAGGCUAAAGAACUCAGUUUUGGAAGGGUAUGCAGGAAGCAGGUGGAACACAGCUCCCCAGAGUGCAUUAUAUCCAAGUGGUGCCUUUUCAGCCAUUUUAAAGGUGAGUUUUUUCACCACAAUAGGUUUUACAUGGUGAUGAAAAGGCAUUAGCGGGGCCAAGUGUGGUGCCUUAAUGCCUAUAAUCCUAGCACUCUGGGAGGCCAA